AUGAGAACCGUGGGGGAGAGGGAGGAGAGGGAGGAGAGGAGCAAGACGCGGGAGCUAUUGUGGGAAUUUUCGUGGCAUCUUUCCAAAAGCCACAUCACGGAAAACGCCUGGCAGUCGCUUGACAUCAUUUUCAAGAAAGUUUCCUCCGCAAGCGAGGCCGAGAUCCCUGAGAACAGUAUUGGCGACUUCGAGAGCGCCUAUGUUAUCUACCUCGACGAUGGAAGCCCGGGAAAAGCAGAAUCUUUUGGCUCUCCCAAAGCGUUCCAGUUCUUUCUACAGUGUCUUCGUGCCACGGUCGCAUCCACUACGGGCUUCGGACGCCUUGCAAAACUUAUCGUCCCUUUGCAAGAGGGACACAUUGUGCGCUCCGACAUAAUUCCUCUUCGUCUGAGGGACUCUCGAUUUGUGCAGACGGCAGUCUCUUUUGCAGAGCCUCACCAGAGCUACAUCGGCUCCCAUAUCUCAGAGUCCAACAACCUCGGCGCGCUCUUCGCCGCUUCUACAGCUGGCUUGAUCCUGUGCGACGAUGCAGACGGUAGCUCGGACUCUGGGCUAGACGCACUGUCUCUCUCUGUGGAAUCCGAACUUGAUAAUCGACUCUCGUUUCCCUGGAUAUCGCCCGACAAAAUCCGACGGCGAACGUUGGUAUUGGUGGAGGGGAGUCGAGCGCACCCUGAUAACGGUGGCACGGGCCCAGGUAUCUACCUCGCAGCGAUCGCACUUGGGAUUAACAUGGUCGUCCUCGACAACGCAGGACACUGGCUAGAAGGGCCGGAGUACGCGCAUUGGCGUGAGGCAUUUAUCCCCACGAGGUUGACGGACCCACCAGAAGCGGAUUUCGGCGACCGAAUCGUCAAAGCCGUCAAAUCCUACGGCAAGCCCGUUGACGGCAUCGUAACCUUCUGCGACUCCUACGUGGUCCAAGUUGCCCAAGCCGCGCAGCAACUAGGCCUUGAGACGGUGUCGCCGGAUGCGCUGCGCAUUGCCACGGACAAAUAUCAAACCAGUGUGUUCGCCGGGCACCAGGCCUACCUGGCGUCGAGUGCCGAUGAAGCUCUCGAGAUUGCCGGGAAAAAACAGCUUCCCUAUCCCCUUAUCAUCAAGCCCUGCAAUGGCUGGAGCUCGGAGGGAGUGUUCCGUGUUGACUCCCUCGACAACCUUGCAGAAGCCGUCAAGUCAAUCGACACAUCUCGUCACGGAUCCGAAUUUGUGAUAGAGAAAUACUGUUCAGGGCCUGAAGUUGACGCAAACUUCGUUUUGUUGGAUGGCGAAAUCCUCUUCUUCGAGGCCUGCGACGAUUUUCCCAAGACCGCCGACUCCAACGGGCCCGAUGCCACGGGCUCUCUGAGCACCUUUGUCGAGUUGAAUAGCGUGUAUCCGUCGGCACUGCCCUCCCAGGAAAUCAAUACGCUUCGCGACAGCUUUCUGGAUACCCUGCUCAAGUUAGGUCUACGCAAUGGAGUUAUGCAUCUCGAAGGCCGCGUGGAACAUUCGUCGGUCGACUACUACACGACGGAGGACGGACUUCUCGAUUUGCAUGCGCGCCGUGUGGAGGCCUCUGCAAAUGGGGAGCCCCCCGCCGCCUGGCUUAUUGAAAUCAAUCCACGGCCUCUGGGAAUGACGGGCGCACACAUCAUCGAAUCAACCUACGGUAUCGACUAUUGGGGGUUGGCCAUGCUCAUCGCAGUGGGCGACAAGUCCCGCGCUCGCUCUCUCUCUCGACCGUUCAAGCAUGGGCCCCAGUACACAUGCGUCAUGGUCUUCAUUUCGGCUGACUAUCCCCCUUCUCGCCAAGGCAUCUUUGAUUCGGACGACAUCUGUGCCGAGCUGAAGGUCCGAAGGCCAGACCUUGCGAGACAGAUCAGUCGGUGCGCGUGUCUGGUCAGGCGUGGCCAAAAGGUGCCGCAUCCGAGCUCGGGGGUCAACACCUUUUUGGCCUACUUUAAUGUUUUCUCGAGGACUUCAAGGAAGGAAGCGCUGGACUUUGCGAGGCAGGUGAGAGAGGAAGUUCGCUUUUCAUUUGUUUGA